ACAACAUCAUCAUAGAAUCGGCGAGGCAUACGCGGCUCUUGCAUCCCAACUCUCCUAUGAUAUGAAUUCAGUGGAGUAGUCUGGGGUUUUAAUUCAGUCACCGAGAUGAUGUUUUCAAAAGCUGAAGCUGCGAAAAGAAGUGAUGGUGAUUCUGCGAAUGCAAAGUUAUUGCUUGAGGUGGAGAAAAUAAAUAAAACCCUUUAUUCGGCCAAAAAUCCUCCAAGGGGUUUGUAUUCUGCCUCCAAUGCACGAUCCAAAUCUGCUGGAAAGAACCACUUGAUGGAUUCCAAAUCGAAGCCCAAGUAUGCCAAAGAAGAUCCAGAACAGAAAGAGAAGAAAUCCAUUUGGAGUUGGAAAGCCUUAAAGUCCUUGUCCCAUAUCAGAAACCGGAGGUUCAAUUGUUGUUUUUCUCUCCAUGUCCAUUUGAUUGAAGGGUUGCCAUCGAAUUUGAAUGAUAGUAGUCUCACUGUGCACUGGAAGAGGAAGGAUGGAGAGUUGGUGACUCAUCCAGCAAGGGUUUCCCGAGGAAUCGCUGAAUUUGAAGAGAAAUUGAACCAUACUUGCUCAGUCUAUGGUAGUAGGAAUGGACCCCACCACUCGGCUAAAUAUGAAGCUAAACAUUUCCUGCUUUAUGCAUCGGUGUUUGGUGCUCCUGAACUUGAUUUGGGAAAGCAUCGGGUUGAUCUCACAAAGUUGCUUCCAGUUACCCUGGAGGAAUUAGAAGAUGAUAAGAGUUCAGGAAAGUGGACAACUAGUUAACUAGCGGGCAAGGCUAAAGGUGCUACAAUGAAUGUUAGUUUUGGCUAUGUGGUGAUACGUGAUAAUUUCAUUCCGCCUACCAACAAGAAUGUCCCUGAGCUUUUCAAUUUGAAGCAGAAUAAUUUGAGUAUUGCGAAAUCAGUGACAAAAUUUGAUCAAGGUGCUAAUAUAAGCAAAAUAAAGCGUGGUGGAAGUCUUCCUGAAAACUUCGUUCCGAGACAUCCUGCCUCUUCUCAAUCUGUGGAAGGCAUAAAAAUUCUUCAUGAGGUUUUGCCAAUGUCAAGGUCAGAACUCUCUAGCUCUUUAAAUCUGUUAUAUCAGAAAUUAGAUGAAUGCAAGUUGGAUGCUUCAGUUGAUUAUAGGCCUGAACUUGAUAAUUUCUCUGAACCUGUUGAGGCUCUCAAACCAAAUUCCAAUUCUUUGCCUGAUUCUAGUCAACAAAAUAUUGAAAAUGAGGGAGAAGAUAAUGAAUUUUCCGUAAUUGAGCAAGGGAUAGAAAUAUUGUCAAAGGAACUGGUAAGACCAGAAGAAGAUACUGUGAAGGCUUCUAAUGUUUCUGCUGUGGGGAGUCUUGAUAUUGUUGACAUCAACAGUGGUAUUAAUGUAGUCCUUGAAGAGGACCCUAAGCUUGAUUCCCAGGAUGAGGAAUAUGGUAGCUCUAGUGAUAAGCUUGUGAUACAGGAUUGUGAAUCAAUAGAGAAUGAUCUAUGCACAAAAGAGUCACUCAUGAAAGAAUUAGAUUCAGUUCUAAAUAGCAUGUCAAAUUUGGAGACGGAAGCGUUGGAUUUUCUUAAAGAAGAUGAGAGUCACAUGGAAGUUAAAUCAAAUUAUAAAACAGAUAGGAAGGGAAAAAAGGCACUUAGCUUGGAUGAUGUUACGGAGUCUGUGGCAAGUGAGUUCUUAGAUAUGCUGGGGAUUGAGCAUAGUCCAUUUGGAUUGAGUUCUGAAAGUGAGCCUGAGUCGCCCAGGGAACGUCUCUUGAGACAAUUUGAAAAGGAUACCCUAGCUUCUGGCUGUUCUUUGUUUGAUUUUGAUGUUGGAGAUGGGAACCUGGGAGAAUUUUCUGAUGAUGCUCCAACUGGAUUUGGGUUGGGGAACUUAUCUGAGGAUUUUAAAUUUUCAUCGGCGGUCCAAGCCCCUGGGGAUGAGCAUUGGUUACCAAGUCAAGUCUUGAGGAACAACACAAGAGCGAAAGUUUUGGAAGACUUGGAGACAGAAGCUUUAAUGCGUGAGUGGGGCUUGAAUGAGAAGGCUUUUCAGGGUUCUCCACGUAACAGCUCUGGUGGGUUUGGAAGCCCAAUCAAUCCUGCUCUUGAAGAGCCACUCCAAUUGCCUGAUCUUGGGGAAGGCUUAGGUCCAUUCAUUCAGACAAAGAAUGGAGGAUUUGUGCGGUCUAUGAAUCCCUCACUUUUCAAGAAUGCCAAAAGUGGUGGGAGCUUGAUCAUGCAGGUUUCCAGUCCAGUUGUGGUGCCUGCUGACAUGGGUUCUGGUAUAAUGGACAUAUUACAGAAUUUGGCUUCAGUUGGGAUUGAAAAGCUUUCUACUCAGGCAAAUAAGUUAAUGCCUUUGGAAGAUAUAACUGGGAGGACAAUGCAACAAAUAGCAUGGGAAACUGUGCCCAGUUUGGAGGCACCUGAGAGGCAAUCUUUAUUACAGCUUGGAUCAGAGGCUGGGCAAGAUGUAACUGGUGGACAAAAGAGAGUUACAGGAAAAUCAUCUGCUUCCAGAUCUAAUAAGUUAAAUUCAAGCUCCUUAGGCAGUGAUGUGGGCUCAGAGUACGUAUCUCUAGAAGAUCUUGCUCCUUUGGCAAUGGAUAAGAUUGAAGCUCUAUCAAUUGAAGGGCUCAGAAUCCAAUCUGGCAUGGAGGAGGAUGCACCUUCGAACAUCAGUGCACAGUCUAUUGGGGAAAUUUCAGCCCUCAAGGGAAAGGGGGUGAACAUCACUGGCUCCCUUGGUUUGGAGGGAGCUGCUGUGCAACUGUUGGACAUCAAAGAUGUUGAUAAUGAUUUAGAUGGAUUAAUGGGUCUUUCACUAACACUUGAUGAAUGGAUGAGGCUGGACUCUGGUGAAAUUGGUGAUGAAGAUCAAAUCAGUGAGCGAACUUCAAAAAUUCUUGCAGCCCAUCAUGCGAUCCUUGGAUUUAUUCGUGGAGGGUCCAAGGGAGAGAGAAGGCGGGGCAGAGGUUCAGGUAGAAAGUGUGGUUUGUUGGGGAACAACUUCACAGUGGCCCUAAUGGUGCAGCUUCGUGAUCCUCUUCGGAACUAUGAGCCAGUUGGUACACCAAUGCUUGCUCUUAUUCAGGUGGAAAGAGUGUUUGUUCCACCAAAGCCAAAAAUAUACAGUACAGUUUCACUGGUGGGGAACAGUAAAGAAGAGGAUGAUGAGUCUGUGUCAGUGGCAAAGGAGGAUGUGAAGGAUGAGAAGAAAGAAGAACAAAUUUCUGAGGAAGCCAUUCCUCAGUUCAAAAUUACUGAAGUCCAUGUUGCUGGUCUGAAGACUGAGCCUGGUAAGAAGAAACUUUGGGGUACCUCGACUCAGCAACAGUCUGGUUCUCGUUGGCUGCUUGCAAAUGGAAUGGGGAAGAACAAUAAGCAUCCAUUUAUGAAGUCAAAGGCGGUGAGUAAAUCCACUUCCCCAGCAACAACUACAGUGCAGCCUGGUGAAACCUUAUGGAGCAUCUCAUCUCGUGUUCAUGGUACGGGGGCUAAGUGGAAGGAAUUGGCAGCUUUGAAUCCACAUAUAAGGAACCCCAAUGUUAUCUUCCCAAACGAAACUAUCAGGUUGUGCUGAGUGGAUUGUCCAAUUUAAAUCCAUUUGAACAGGGAUAUUAACCCAAAUUGGUUACUUUUCUAUGGGAAUGGUGAUAUCAGACCCCUGGUCCUUGAAACCUCAAGAGGUUGGUGACUGCUGUCAGUGGAGAGAUUUUCCAUGAGAUUAUAUGAGGUUGAUGAAGGCUGUGACGGAGGCCCUUGUAUUUACUUUCAGAGAUGGUUUAAAAUUAUGCAUUCCAUUAGAUAGAAGGUAAAGAUAGAUGGUUUCAUUCACUAUAUUUCUUUCCUCCUUUGUAAAUGCAUCUGUUUUGUAAGCAUGCUUAUAUGGAGUAUAAUUUAUGUCCUUUGAACGAGCAGCAAGGCAUGUCAUGUUAUUUUAGGGUUCUCAUUUAAAAAGAAACAUUUCUGCUUCUGCUCAUUGGCUUGUUUUUGAGUGAUGAAAAAAAAAGGAAACUUUCUACCACC